AAGAGCACGGCAAAAGUUUUGUUAAAAUUUAAUUUAGAAAUGUAGAUUUUGAAAAAGUAUAUAUAGCAAAUUUCAUGGUGCAUGGCAUUUCUAGUUUUGCAAAAUACUAGUGAUUUGUAGUUUCACAAAUAAUUAUAACACAACAUGGCGAUUUAUCACCGACUUGUGACAUCGACAGCCCGGUUAUCCUUCGGUUUCGGUUUCGAACAGAAAAUCGGGUCAUUACCUGGAGCUGUGUGGUUACGACAAAUUCAAAUCGACGCCACGAGAGGAAGGCUAAUAAUGCCUUUGGCUAUGCCACAAAAUUGCGCCUUAUUAAAUAAAAAAAUAAACACUUUAAAUUCAUUUAAUCAGCAGCAGCAGGUAAACUACUCGUCAAUCACUAGCUUCUACAACAAAGUAACUGCCCAGCAGUUGUGGAAAGGUGUGACUAGUGUAAGUAAUGCUGGUCGUAAGAGAGGUAGAGGAAAAGGUGUAGGCAAAAAGUCGGCGAAAGAUUUAAAUAAAGGCCAAAUCAUUGGUAUUGGGAAAUUAAAUAUGUCGUGGCCAGGGUUGACAACCCCGAUUAUUCAAGGGAAGGAGAUUAUGGAAAGAAAACAACUUCCUCCAGAUCCAGACCGAGAGGCGAAGCUUAUUAAAUUGAGGGACAACAUGGGACAAUUUCGUCCUCUCCGACUUAGCCCGUUGGAGCGAGGUUGGUCUGGCACGAAAAUGCACGGUAGAAGUAUUGGCCCCCCAGAUCCAAUUGGAGAAGACACAUUUGAGGGAUUCGAUACCAAAGUCUUGGAAAUGAAAACGGUCACCAACAUGGAUGCCAAUCUUGGUCGUCGUCGUCGUUUUAGUGUUUUAGCAUUUACUGGAAAUAAUGAUGGAUGUUGUGGGUUUGCCUUGGCCAAGAGUCCAGAAGGCAGAGGCGCUCUUCGGAAAGCAAAAAAUCGAGCUGGACAAAAGUUACUUUGGGUUGAGAGAUAUAACAAUCAUACUGUUCUUCACGAUUUCUUUUCUCGAUUCGGAAAUACGAAAAUCUUUGUGUACAAGAAGCCAGAAGGGUUUGGACUUGUGUGUCACCGAGCAAUCAAAACUAUGUGCGAAUUGAUUGGAAUUAAAGAUAUAUAUGCCAAAAUUGAAGGUUCUACUUGCGUGCAGCACAUAGUGAAAGGAUUUAUUUUGGGGUUAAUUCAGCAGAAAAGUCACCAGCAAUUAGCAGAGGAAAAGAAAUUAUACUUGGUCGAACAGCGAGAAGACAAUUAUAAUUUUCCAGUGGUAAUUGCGGCGCCGAGUGAAUGCAGAACUGAAAAAGAAAUUCAAUAUGAAGAAUGUUUGGAUUUUUCUCAGAUUGGAUUUGGAGACAGGAUACCCCUGCGUCGGAAGUUAUACACGCCAUUUUAUGUGAAUUUGCCAUCUUGGGAAAAUCAUUUGAUGAAAACUGAAUGGAGGAGGAAUCACCAUGAGAUCAAACAUCAACUGCUGAGCGAAUACGGUACUUUGAAAAGUAAAUUUUCUGAAAAGUAUCCCGAGAGUGAUGCCUCGUAUGCUUGGCGACUUUGGCGUAAACAAAUUCGCGAACAGGAGGCAGCAGAAGAAGCGGAAGAGUCUUAAAUUAUUUAGUUACCUAAUUGUAAAACUUAGUGUCACUCGUUGUUAUCUUUGAUAUUGAAUGAAUGAUUUAAACACUACU